GAUCCUCACCUCCAGGAUGUCGCUCUCCACUCGCCUGGCCGCUCUCCUGGCCCUCGUCCUCUGCGCCGUUGCCAUCCCCGCGCCCGUCGGCCAUGUCGUUCACGAGGCACGCGACCACCUCCCGCGCGGAUGGGCCCCCGUCCGGCGCGCAGAACCAGACAUGGUCUUGCCCUUCCGCGUCGGCCUUGUGCAGCCCAACCUGGAGAGCAUCGAGGAGUAUAUCAUGGACGUCUCCCACCCCGACUCGCCUAACUACGGUAAGCACUGGAGCCCCGCCAAGGUCGCGUCGACGUUCCGCCCGACGAAGGAGUCCGUCGACACCGUGCACGGCUGGUUCACCGAGAGCGGCAUCGCGCCAGAGCGCGUAAAGUCGAGCACGGGCGGGAGCUGGAUGAAGGUGAACGUGACGAUCGAGGAGGCGGAGCGACUGCUUGACACGGAGUACUACGUCUACCAGUUCGGUGAGGAUGGCAGCCGCACGCACGUCGCGUGCCACGAGAAGUACCAUCUUCCGGAUCACGUCUCGAAGCAUGUCGAGAUCGUUUCGCCCACUCUUCACUUCGAUACUACGCCCAAUGGUCCGGCUGGCUCGUGGCAGAAGCUCGGUGGCAGGGACUCACCUUCGACUGAGUCCUCCCACGCCAUUGGCCAACCCGGGUUCGGUAUCAGCUUCCCAAAGACCAAAGGUACUGUUCAGAGUAUUUUCGACCAGCUGGAGAACUGCGAUGAGCAGAUUGUCCCGAACUGCCUCCGUGCGCUGUAUGACUUUGAGUACUACCCUCUCGUCCCGGAGAAGAACUCGCUUGCUAUCAUCGAGUACACUCCUCAGGCAUACGUCGCGAGCGAUCUGGACCUGUUCUUCAGCAACUUCUCGCCCAGCCAAGUCGGAGAGCGUCCUGUGCUCUACAGCAUCGACGGAGGCUACGUCCAGACCGACUACGGAGGCUUCGACUACAAUGGCGAGUCCAACCUCGAUCUGCAGUACGCCAUGUCGCUCGUCGGCUCGCGGCAGUCCGUGCAGCUUUACCAGGCGGGCGACCUCUACGAGGGCGCGUCCUUCGGCAAUCUCCUCGACGCACUCGACGCUUCGUACUGCACGUUCGAUGGCGGUGACGACCCCGACUUCGACGCGACUUACCCGGACCCGUACGGCGGGUACGAGGGCAACGAGGACUGCGGCACCGUUUCGCCCGCGUACAUCAUGUCGACGUCGUACGGUUACACGGAGGCGGACCUGACACCGGCGUAUGAGCAGAGGCAGUGCGCUGAGUAUGCGAAGCUCGGCCUGAUGGGUAUAACGGUGCUCUUCUCGUCUGGGGAUAACGGCGUUUCGGGCAAUGGUGGCGUCUGCUUGGACGCUGACGGCCAGGAGGACUACGAUGGAAACGUGUUCGCCCCGGGCUUCCCCGUAGACUGUCCGUACGUCACUGCGGUCGGAGCGACGCAGGUCAAUCCGAACGCUACGGUCUUCGAGCCCGAGAGUGCCUGCGAGCAGGUCAUCUACUCUGGUGGCGGCUUCUCGAACGUCUUCCCGAUGCCAUCGUACCAGGCCUCCGCGGUUGAGCACUACCUGACCAACUACCCGCCUGCCUACCCUUCCGGCACCUACAACGUCUCUGGGUCACGUGCGUACCCUGACAUUGCCGCGAACGGUGCGAACUACAUCGUUGCCGUGCAGGGUGAGUUCUACCUCGUCUACGGCACCUCGUGCGCCUCGCCCGUCUCCGCGGCGAUCUUGUCCGCGAUCAACGACGCUCGUAUUGCAAUCGGGAAGUCGCCGAUUGGGUUUAUCAACCCUACGAUCUACACGCCCUUGUUCAUGGAGGCGUUUAACGAUAUCACGACCGGCUCCAACCCGGGCUGCGGCACGGAGGGCUUCUACGCCCAGCCAGGGUGGGACCCCGUGACGGGUGUGGGCACACCGAACUUUGCGAAGCUGCUCGGGCUUUGGCUCGCUCUUCCGUGAUACUGGACUCGAUUCUUAAUGGACUUGCGCAACGGACUUAUGACUCGAAAACGUGUGGACUAUCGGUAGCAUGUGGUGCAUAGUGGUCCUCCCGAGUCUCGACGAUAAGAGACAAGGAUCUCGGACUUUCUGCGUGUGCGCUUUCGCGGGUUCUUGUAUGAAGGAAGGUGAGUUAAUGAAAUCACGAGAUCAUAUUGGGUUCGUGACUAUGCGCCUUACAACUCGGGUACGUAGACUGACGUUGAAAGCCUUGUUCAGUGUUCGAUAUCUCGAUACUGAAGUUCGUUGCAAAGGAGUAUAGCGACAGCGUAACGCUCAUGUUCGCGAGACGUAGGUUUGGUCGGAACAUCAGCGCGAAGGCUGACGAUCGCCUCGCUGAUAUGGCAUGCCCAUUGCCCAC